AUGCAUCUAUUAACCAAGGACAUUGAAAAUGCAUUGAAGGAACUAAUUCCAUUAUUUAAAAAGUAUAUUUCAGUGAAUGUUCAACUGUUGAAUGAUUAUAUAUUAGUGCUAAAGAGGGCAUCAUGUUUAAAGAAUGAAAGGAUUGCAUUAAUUAAAUUUGUCAAAAAAUUAAGAUUUUUCAGUCAAUCUUUACAUAGAACUAUGUUUUUCGAUGACCUUCAUAGUAGAAAGGAUGAUUCGUUAUUACAUUGCGUUGGAAUCAUUGGUGCAUAUUUUGUUAAAUGUUUAGAGACAUUAGAUUUAUUAUAUUUUUUUUUAACAAAACCUUUACAAACUGAAAUUUUAUCAAAAACUUUAAAUGAAAAAUUAAUUUUAAAAGAUUCUACUGUGGUGAACUUGGAAGAUACUUUUAGUUAUUUUGUUAAAUUUACUCAAUGGUUGUUAGAAUCCCUAGGAUUGAAUGACCCACUAUACCAAAUUGAAAUUAUUCAUUUUUCUGUUAAAUAUGCAGUUGAAGAGGGCAUUGAUAUUGAUGAUACUGAAGACAUUUUACCUUUCAGGUGUAAUGGUAAUCCAAAAUGGAGGAUGAUUUCUAUAAAAAUGCUAUUGAAUGGAAAGGGCUAA